AGCUUUUUGGUCACACUACCAAUAUACCUUGCAACCGGUUGUUUAUUUUUAUAAAUUUUUAAAUAAAAAUCCUUCAGGAUCAUGUCAAGGCGAGGACUACUACUAAUGGGCCAGUGCAUGCCCUGCAUUAAGCAGAAUGCCUCCAAGAUCCGUAUUCGCCGCAUGGAACUGGACAAGAAUCUGAAUAUGUACUUCAAGAAGGACGAGUUCUACUUCGCCCACGAUCCACAGAAGGUGUGCAAAACCGGGGAUGUGGUUCUGAUAAAGGAGCUACCCGAUCGACUCACCCGACUCAUCACGCACAAUGUGGAAAAGGUGGUCUAUCCGCUGGGUGACAUAACAGAUCCACUGACUGGAAAGAAGGUGGUCGUGGGCAAGUACCGCGAGGACAUCGAGAUGGCCAACCAGCUGUUCGGCAAGUCGGAGAAAGCCUUCGACUACGACAAGGCUCCGCCGCGCGGUCGCCUCGAGGGAACCAAGGACUUUACGCACGGAGAGACGUACAUCAAAUACCACGAGGAUGGCAAGGACCAGCCGUUCGCAGUCUAAAGGAUCGUUUACCUGUUAAGUUUCCUAAUUGUUUCAUAGUAAAGUGAUUUAAUUUGUCCUAUA